AGCCCUUUGACAGGUCUCCACAAAAGCAGUGCUGUCAACGUGCCAAAAGUCUCCACCUUCUUUUCGGUGUCAAAAACUAGACUAUCAAGAUGGGUCGUAUGCACGCUCCUGGCAAGGGUAUUUCCCAGUCGGCUCUGCCCUACAGACGUACCGUGCCUUCCUGGCUGAAGCUGAACGCUGAAGAUGUCAAGGAUCAGAUUAAGAAGCUGGGCAAGAAGGGUCUGACUCCCUCCAAAAUCGGCAUCAUCCUCCGUGACUCGCACGGCGUUGCCCAGGUGCGUUUCGUUAACGGAAACAAGAUCCUGCGCAUCAUGAAGGCGGUUGGUCUGAAGCCCGACAUUCCUGAGGAUCUGUACCACAUGAUCAAGAAGGCUGUCGCCAUCCGCAAGCAUCUGGAGCGUAACCGCAAGGACAAGGAUGGCAAGUUCCGUCUGAUUCUGGUCGAGUCCAGAAUUCACCGUCUGGCCCGCUACUACAAGACAAAGAGCGUCCUGCCACCCAACUGGAAAUACGAGUCGAGCACCGCCUCCGCCUUGGUGGCCUAAGCGUCCUCGAUCCGUCUGCUUUCCGCGUUCGUUAGUUGGUAGUUUGUUUUCAAUCUUGUGGGCUUACAUUCUUAACAAUGUACAACAAAUAAACCCAACAGAAAUAAAACUGGAAAUCGGAACUAUUUUAUAGAAUCUA